GGGGUCGGUACUCGCCCCCUCGAAAUGACAUCACCAUCGGGCAAAGGAGCAAGGGGUGGUUUAAGAAGGGACCCGUCCCAAAUCAAUGGAACACACCCGUGCACUUUGAUAUAAACCCCGAAAGCGACAUUAAACCAUCACAACACACCGUUAUCUGCUCGCGUGGCGGGACGAGAGCAGCAACAACAAAACAGAGUUCCUGAAGGCAACAUCGACUGUAUUGGAAAGACAACGCCGCCACUUUUGUACCUUUUUUCGUCUUUGUCCUAACAUGCGUCACGCCUGAAGUGGUUCUCCCGCCAUACGCAUCCACCCCGGGAUCACCACGAUGUCCCUGCCCCUGCUGCUGUCUGCCAUGCUGGCCGUCCAAGCUGUCGCUACAAUGGAGGUGUACGUCCCCGACCUACCUGUGGUGGCGCUACACGGCAGGGAUGUCACGCUAAACUGCUCUUUCAGUCCCACCGGUCCCUUUAACGCAUCUGACGUGACAGUUUUCUGGCAGCUGACUGACACCAAGCGUAUUGUGUACGGCUACAGCGAAGGACAGCAUCAGCUGGCAGACCAGGCUGAAAGCUUUGUCAACCGCACUGGCCUGUUCCCCCACGAGCUGGGCCUGGGCAACGCCUCGCUGCUGCUGAGGAAGGUGGUAGUGGCUGACGAAGGCAGCUUCACUUGCUUUGUCAGAGUAAAGGAAUACGGCAGCUCUGCUUUGCUUCUUCAGGUAGCCGCGCCUUACUCCAAGCCCAUAGUGACCUUGGAACCGGAAUCCAACCUUCGGCCAGGCGAAGAGGUGGCCCUCACUUGCAUGGCUUAUGGAGGCUACCCAGAAGCAGACGUCACGUGGCAGGACGGGGGCGGCCGUAACCUGACCGAGAAUGUCACCACUUCAGUGGUGGCAAACGAGGAGGGUCUGUUCUCCCUGACCAGCGUUCUGACGGUCGUGCUGGAACCCAACAGUACUUACACCUGCCGACUCAUCAACCCGUUGUUGGGGGAGGAGGGGAAUGCCUUUGUCACCAUCACAGGUCAGAACAUCUCGUUCCCCCCUGUGGCACUGUGGGUGACCGUCGGCCUCGCCGUGUGCCUGCUGGUCCUGCUCGUGGCGCUGGCCGCUGUCUGCCGCAGGAAGAUCAAGGAGAGCUGUGAGGAGGCCAGGAGAGAAGCUGAAGAGGCCAAGGAACUAGAAGAAGAAGAGUCAAAGACAGCCAUGACUCUCCUGAAGAGCUAAGGCGAAAGACAACAAGGUGUUUGGAGCGCCGAUGGCUAAUUUGUUACCUUUCAGGGUGCAAUCCUGAUCAUUACUCCCAAAAUUGAGAAUUCGAGGGUAUUAUAUUCUUGCAGAGAUCUUACAAAGUAGAUGCAGGUGUAUGUAAACAAGUACAAGAAGGUCCCUCGGAUUCUUUUAAAGCAGUUUAGCUUAGGAUCAAAACAUCCAAAAAUGCCCUUGUAGAUCUGUAGAUUCAGACUCUACUUCUUAAUUUUCUUCUAUUUAAUACAUCAGAACGGUGUGGUUGUGGUUCACACGUCUGCCUCACUGCUAGGACUUUCUGGUUCAAAUUUGUUGGAACAUCCCCAUGCUUGUGUGGCUUUUCUCCAGGUACUCCGGAUUCCUCCAGCAUUCCAAAAACAUACGCGUUAGGUUCAUUGAAAAAAAAUGUAAGGUUAUAUUUGUCAUUUUCAUCUUCAUUUUGGUUUAGUUAGUCUAAGAUAAUCGCAUAGUCACAAACCUACUGUAUUAUUAUGUGACAUCCUAAAAUGCUAGCUGCUCAAGUGCAGUUGCGCUUAUGUUUUUUUUUUUAAUUUACAAGAAAUGUCAGAAGAAAAAAUGCCGUUUACACUGAAAUGUGUUUAUAAAUGUGUGUUCUUUCUAGACAAGAAAAUAGUUUGCCGCUCAAUGUGAAUUUAAGAAAUAAAACAGUUGAUCUAAAAAAAAAAGAAAAACAAUUGGUCAUUCAUUAAGUGAUAUGGCUUAUUUUUUCUUGUGCAUUCAUAAUUGGUCUUUAACCAAUCAAAAAUCUAAUUCAUCCGAAUACUCAAUUAUUCGAUAACAUUUUUAGUAGGAUACUUGAAUAUUAAAAUAUUUGAUAGCAACAGCCCUACACAGGAUCGUUUACAGCAAACACUCAUGUACUAAAUUUCAUAAUACCGUAUAUCCAGUGGCCAACCCUAUAAUAAAAUUAACUGCUUAGACCCUUUAAAUGCAGAGGCUAAUCAAAACAGCAGCACCUACGGACGCAAUGUGUCAGAUGAAUUCAAGUGUGGUGCCAUACUUUAUUUUGGAAACCAGUUCCCUACACAGUUUUAAAAGUGAUGUUGAGAUGUUGUCUUUAACGACAAUUAGCGUUUUUGAUGUGGUAGCUUCACAAUAUUGUGUACUUCUAAUAGAUGCCUCCACGGAUAGCGACAUGUCCCGCUACAACUUCCUUGUAGCAUAUCGAUACUUGUAUUGCUGGCGCUAUAUAGCUUCCCGUCACUGACCAAAACAAUGUUAUUUAUUUUGGACAUUGUGCAUUGUGUCCUCUUCAAUAAAAGUACAACAAAGCCAAAUACUUUAGAACAGAUGGAAGGAUGCCAAACUGGAUCCAACAAAGAAACCAUGACUGGCCACAUCAUCUAGAAUUGCCAUCAUAAACAAUUCAGUAAAUGUGGCAUCAAGGCAAGGGGGGCACGCACAUCAGGAGGUGGAAGUGGCCUGUUUUGGCUCGGCGCAGACUGACUCAUUGGCAGCCUCUGGCAAGGGUACACUCAGAGGAGGACUCUUUGGCGUUUCGCCACUUCGUCCGUUCUGCUGCGGCCCAAACGGCGUCGUCAGACAUCAGUGCCGUAGAUCCGAGGUGGCGUGGAUGUUCCCGGUCCUUCUCGAUGCACAUCUUCUUGGAUAAGAUAUAAGAUGUCACAUUCCUGAUAGCGUAACCUCUCUCUGUGAUUGCCCCUGCGUAAGACUGACCAAGAGGGUUUGGGCCAGUGCAUAACAGAACCUUAUUGUUUUGCAGGAACUCUUCCUCAGAAUCAGAAUCAUCUUUAUUUGCCAAGUAUGUCCAAAAAACACACAAGGAAUUUGUCUCCGGUAGUUGGAGCCGCUCUAGUACGACAACAGACAGUCAAUUGACACUUUUGAGACAUAAAGACAUUGAAAAAAAAAAAUAAAAACAAUCACUGAGCAGUAAAGGGUUGCUAGUUAUCUGGUCCUCCCAUAUCCUCCCAUAUAUUCAGCUGUUACUGUUCAGUCAUUUGUUGUCAUUAACUGUCCAUGGGCGUAAAUGUAAGUGCAAAUGGUUGUUUGUGCUCUGCCAUUGUAUGGCGACCACUCUAAGGUGUACCCCGUCUCUCAUCCAAAGUCGACUGGGAUAGCCUCUAGCUCGACCGCGACCCCAAAGAGGACAAGAGCUAUAGAAGACAAUGGAUACAUAGAUUAUUAACAGUGGUUAAUAGAGGUGGGACACACAAUACAAUAUUAUCACGAUACUUUUCACUUGAUACAGCGAUUGUAUGAUAAUUGAUAUACUGAAAGAAAAAAACUGAGGAAUGAAAAUCCCUCAGUUUUCACUCAAAAUCCCACUAUGAGUAACUUAUACGUAAGUAUAUGCAACAAUAUUAAAAGGAAUACAAUUAGCAAGUUCAGCCAAAAGAGAUACUCAAUGAAAAGUACCACAUUUUGAUUGGUUGUUUUACGGUGUUGACAAUACAACACGAUCGGACAGAAUCAGUAUCUAAUGCUGUUGUACUGGAACUGUACACUCUGUGACAUCUUCGGAUAGGCUCAACCCCAGUCAUUAAACUAUAAACUUACAACAGUGUGUUUCUUUUCUUACUAUUAAGAGUUAACUAAUUUUUACGUUUGUAUGACUAUUGUACAAUUCGUAAAUCCAAAGUCCUAGAAUGGAUUGUCUUCGGCUAGAGAAGUUCCACUCUAUUUGUAUCAACUCCAGUGUAGCAGCAGUGUGACCUGGACCGGCUCGUUCGUGCUCCACUCAUACAGCGGUAGGCACGCAUUCAUUUAUGACAGUGAUUGGACCCAGAGCAGUGAUGGAAUGUGUAGCCCUCUGUGAGUGCCAUGCAUUCACUCAGCCAUGGUCAGUUGGUAUCAAGCUCUCUCCUUCUGCAAGCAAACCACAAGCAAGCCUUUAUGGACUCACCCCCCCCCCCCCCCUCCCUCCCCCCAAAAAACAACAAAAAAAUAAAUAUUCCAUCUAUUUUGGGGGAGGGGGUCAGGGGAGCAUGUACAGUAAUGCAACAAACAAUGGUCAUAAGAUGCCAUAAAAAACAUUGAUUUUGUUGUGGUUUGUAUGCUAGACCAGGGGUUCUCAAACUUUACAAGGGUGAUUUUUUUUUUUUUAUUUUUUUUUUAAGGACCCUAACUUUGUCCUAAUGGCAAUUGAACUAAACUAUCAUGUAGGGCUGAAACUACUGAUUAUUUUAUUAAUCAAUGAAUCUGUGGAUUUGUUGGAUUAAUCAAUGAAUUGGAUGAAAGAAAAGCUUCAAUUAAUUAAUUAAUCAAUUCAAAAUCAGGACUAUUUCAAAUUGACAGUGCAGAACAUGCACAAACAUAAAUUGAUUAUGAUUCAGUUCCUGGUAUUGUUUUUGAAAUGUCACAAAAUAGGCAAAAAUGUCGAUCAUCAUUGUCCAAAGUAAAAGCCGUGUCAUGGUCUGUUUUGGUUUGGAUUGUGUUUGGUUUUGUUUCAUGUUUUCCCUGUGUCCCAUGUUUUUCCUGUCUUGUGUGCUCAUUUAGUUAUUGUGUCCACCUGUUCUCGUCAACCUACUUUGUGCCGACUAAUCAGUUCCCUCCAGCCACUCGUGUCUUGUCCAGGUGUUCCUCGUUGUCACGUCAAUUACUGUGUAUUUAGUUCCCUGGUUUCUUUCAGUCCUUGUCGGUUCAUUGUCACUGUCACUGUGUCACGUCGUCGCCUGUAGUUUCACUAGUCAUGUCUUCUUUCCAGUUUUAGGUUUGUUCAAGUGUUUCAUUGUUACUUUGAUAAUUAGUUUUGGGGACCUUGUUUAGUUCGAGUUUUCCAUGUACCUUCUUUGUCAUCUUUGUUUUUGGAAUUAAAUAUCAUUUGUGAGA